AUGGGUGCCUUAAUGUAAGUGGAAAUACCACGCGCAGUCACGCACGGUCUGGCCUGGCAUAGCAGUAAUCUAAAUUUGCGUGACCCGUGGUGUUCCGUUGUCGCGACGCGUCGCGACGGUGUUGUCCGACAUCGUCGUCGAUCCCACAGCGUCGCUGUCCUCGCAUUGGGCUGUGAAAGCAAGAUCCGCAGCUCAGUCUUGCCGCUGGUGGGCGUCGGAAAGGCGCUCGGUGGAGGACCUGCCAUGGCACUCUUUGAGGAGCCCAGCACUCUGAGGAGCAGCAGCGAAAAGCCAUCACCCUUGCCCAAGCGACCACGAGUGUCCUUUACCACAGUGAGCAUGCGCACCUUCAACGGUGAUGAUCCCAAAACCUUAUCGAGUCCAACGGAGCGAGCCUUGUCACCCAUGGCCGAUGGCUUGGCGCCCGCGGAGGACUCGCAGGAGGUCACGGCCAACGUGGAAAGUCUGUCGCGCUUGGUGCUGGAAGAUGAGUUGGACGCCAGGAGCAAACAUGUGAGCAUCAAUGAGCCCAACCACUUGGAGCGCGUCUUGCUGAAGCAAGCAUCGCCCAUGCGGACUCCCACGGCCUAUGCCGAGCAGGAGACCUCGCCCUUGCCGGAGAACUGGGAUCUCUACAAGCAGUUCAAGUCCAGUCAGGCGGCCAGCGGAGCCACCACACGAGGCGCUGGCGGAAGCCCAGAGCUGAAGUCCACCAGCCACCGCAUCAGCCCUCGCCCGGGCGCCUUUUGCGCCGCGGCCCUGCGAUCGGCCGUGCCACCACCGGCGCCCGCCGUGGCACCACUGCCCACGCGUGGCCUGACGCGGCCCUCGAAGUGCUCUCCACGGCGCUCUCCGGACACCGUGGACAUGAGCGGCGUGGUGAGGUCGAUCCAGCUGGGUCCCCAGGACUCCAUCGACUCCGCGGUGCCCGAGGGCCGCAAGUCCUUUGCGACCUUCCAAAGCCUGGAGCCGGGCCCCGAGAUCUAUGCGGUGAAGCAGGCCAGCCGAUGUUUGCAGGAGCCUUUGGUGCGAAGCAAGGCGAUGCAACGACAUCAACAUCACAGGAGCGAUCUCAACAGCUCGGCGGAGCGCUUCCGUGAGAUGCGCGACCAGGUGAUCAAGGAGGCUGAAGAGGACCAGCAGCUUAUGGAGCAGAAGGGCCAAGCGCUCAAGAGUGUCCUUCAGAGCGACGAGCAGAGCCUUAUCGAAUUGGAAGAGCAGGUGGCCUCGACGACCUUGGCCGUGGAGGCCUCCGAAAACGACCUCCGCCAGUCGAAGAAGCGUCUUUUGCGGCAGAAGGCGCAGCGCGUAGCACUGCAGCAGGCCCAGUCGGCGCGUAGCUGCUACGUGAUCUUUGCGCAGUCGGAGCAGGUGGAGCUGUGCUUCCGCGGUGCGGUGGGCUCCGUUCAGGUCCAUGGUUCCAGCGCGACCUUGAAUCUCCGGACUCGGAGGGAGGAGUUGGGACGAGCAUGGCGUGAGGCCUUAAGCUCGGUGGAGGUGGAGAAGGUGGAAGACUUGGGAUCCCAUAAAUCCGCCACGGUGCCCGUCGACCAGGUGCCGGAGCUGGUGCGGCGCCUGGACCUGGCCAUUGCUUCGCAGGAGCUGAGCUGAGCACAGUUCUCGCACGGCUUCGGUGGCGUUUUGGCAGCGUGGCACUCCCGAGUGGGCGUUUUGGCAGACGAGCAGAAGAUCUGCUCGGUGUUGUAUCAUUGAAUUAUGCAAUCCACUGCUUAGCUUGAGUUUGCAUGACAUUCGGGCUGAGUAGAAGUAAGAAAGUAAGAUGCUGGUGAUGAGAAGGAUGGUUGGCCCUCGGUUCUUGCACAUUGCACGGAUGAAAUUAAAUUGGUUUGCUGCGCCGGGCACAGAUUUCCUGGCUACUUUCUGACGGGUCAGCUGUGUGCAACUGCUGUGCAGCUACUGUAUGGC